UAGGAUACACACAGCUCAACAACAAGACAAUGAAGUAGCUAAACUAAACAAGUGAUAACUUUAGAAUGAGUUUAAUUAAUAAUAAAGUAUUUAUAUUACAAAAUGGUGUUGUGAGGAUUUGUGUUGUGAUUUUUGACUAAAAUUAAGUGAAGUGAUAGGCUAUCCACGUCAAUAGGAAAAAUUGAGACUGAUAUAACCUCAAACGUAGACAUAAACAAAUAAGACCAAAGAUAAAACAUGUCGGUCGAAGGCGUAAUGGUAUCUUACAACUACUCCGAAGACGAGGAGCACGCGAACAUUCUCACAGUCUCCGCAUCAGGCAUCAGGUUCUCCAAGCGCUGGGUCCUCACCCACGGGUCCAUCCUCUCGCCUCUACAGCAGGCCAGCAUCAUACAGAAGACCAAAGGGAAACCGAUUCUGAAUGAGGAGUUCUACAACAACCUGCCAGAAAUCUACGUCACGUGUGAGAAAAGGACGAAUAGCAGUGGCCUGUACGGAGGAGUCGAGAGGCUGAGCAGAGAGAGGAACUUGGACAAUGAUGUCGACUUCGAACACAGCAGUUAUAAUAUGCGAGUGCUGACUGGCAGGAUAUGCCACGUCUGGCAGUGCCCUAUCCUGGACAGGUGUGUGGACGAAAUCCUGUACUCCUGGACCAUCGGCCACAGGGACGGGGACGUAGAGAAGCAGACGCAGCUUGGGAAGGCUCUGCUAUCAGUCUUCGUGCUGGUUGACCUCGAGAGCGAUGACAGAGCUCUGAAAACGCUAAGGCCUCUAUCAGAGUUACUGGAUAUGGUGCGGCCGCCUCCAGAGCGGGGGUCAUCGGUGGAGGUUCACUCUACACCUUUCGGUUGUGAGGUAUUUCUAAACGCGGUAACGAGGGGCUCCAUCUGUGGUAUUGUGGGUAAGAAGCCUUCGCUUCUGCUCACCGACGCGGGAACAGCGCUGGGCUCUGAAGGCGGGCCUAUCUUUACUGAAGGGCCUACCAAGGAGCUGAUCGGCUGCAUAGUAUGCAGCGUAUCAUGGUGGCGUGGCGAGUGGGUGGGACUGACGCUGGCCGCGCCGCUGGUGUCCGUGCUGUCUGCCAAGCUGAGGGUCCCGCCGCCGAAGGUCAUGAGGGCGCUGCCCUCGCAUCCACACGCUGAGAUACUUGAGCGUAUCGACAGCACGACGGUCCUGGUGAGGUGCGGCGGGGAGUGGGGCGCGGGGGUGUACGUGGGCUCCGGGUUCGUCCUCACCUGCGCACACGUCGUUAAGAAAUACGCAAGUAACAAAGUGUCCCUCUACUGCCGCGGCGUGAAGGAGACGGCAAUAGUCCGGUACAAGACGACAGACGACAAGGCUUAUGACCUGGCGCUGCUCUACACCAACCCACAGCAUUGGGGCCACCUCACACCAGCUGUGUUUGCUGACGAUGCUGUGGAAAAAGGGGAGUCGGUGCUCGCAGCAGGCUACCCUUACUACAACGAGGGCAACCUCGACGACCUGAAGCCCACGGUGACGUCAGGCCACGUCAACAACGUGUCUCCUUCCAUGCUGCAGACCUCGUGCUGCAUACAGUCUGGCUUCAGUGGGGGGCCCAUAUACCGGCUGACCAAGAGCAGGUCCCUGAUAGAGGUCCUCGGCAUCAUCGUCAGUAACACCAGAACGCAGACAGGAGCCUGCUACCCGUACAUCAACAUGGCUGUACCAGCCAAAGCUUUCAAGAGUUUACUUCAUAACUUCUCCUUAGAUAAAGAUAUCUCCAAGCUGCGGUCGCUGGAUAACAAUAAAGAGAUAGUCCAGUCACAAUGGAGGCUCCUGCCGUAUAGGUCGAAGAUCUAGCUCAUAAUCUUCUUCAGGAUCUAUACUAAUAUUAUAAAUGCGAAAGUAACUGCCUUUAUGUCUGUCUGUCUGUCUGUCUGUCUGUCUGUCUCUCUUUCACGCCUAAACCACUGAACCGAUUUUGAUCAAAUUUGGCAUAGAGAUAGUUUGAGCCCCGAGAAAGGACAUAGGAUAGUUUUUAUCCUGGUUUUUGAAACAGGG